UGGGGGGGGUCCCAGGUCUGGGGGGUUCCCAGGACAAUGUGGGGCGCUGCGGGUCCCGGCAGGGAGGAGGCUCCGGUGGUGGCCAGGGCCGAGCAGGGUCUCACCGUGUGUCCCCCCCCCCGACCUCCCAGUCCCCCCCAGAAGGAGCCGAGGCCGAGCACAGACCCCUCGCGGUUCCCACCCGCCCCCGGCCCGGCGCAGACCCUCCGGGACCGGCAGCGGGGGUGCCGGGGAUGCCGUCGGAGAAGGAGAAGGAGGACAGAUCCCGUCGGCGGGAGCCGGCCCCUUCGCCGUCCCAGUGGGAUUGGGAUUGUCCCGCCACGCGGCGCCGGCUGGAGGAGCUCUAUUUCCACCAGCAGGAUCCCGUCGGAGCCGGCUCCGAGGACGUUCGCAAUUUCUGGGUUUUUUUCGAACGGCUCCGGCGUUUUCGGAGCCGGAGAACCGAAGGUGAAGCGGCCCCCGGUCCCCACGAGCGGGCGGGGCCCCUCGGCCUGCCCCGCCGCUACGACCCCCGGUACCGCAUCAACCUCACGGUGCCGAGCUCCGGCGCGGCGCCGGGACGGCGAGGAGCGGCGGGCGUCCCCCAGGAACCCCUCGCGGAAUUCCGCGCCGCUCUGCUCCACUACCUGGACUUCACCCAAAAGCAAAGCUUCGCCAAACUGGCCAAGCUGCAGCGGGAACGAGCCGCCCUUCCCAUCUCCCAGUACCGGGACCGGCUCCUGCGCGCCGUGGCUCAAAACCAAGUGGUGGUGAUCGCCGGCGAUACCGGUUGCGGCAAGUCCACGCAGGUGCCUCAGUUUUUGUUGGCGGCCGGUUACAGCCACGUGGCCUGUACCCAGCCUCGCCGCAUCGCCUGCGUCUCGCUGGCCAAACGGGUGGGCUACGAGAGCUUGCACCAGUACGGCAGCCAGGUGGGCUACCAGAUCCGCUUCGAGAGCACCCGCUCGCCCGCCACCAAGAUCGUUUUCCUGACGGAGGGGCUGCUGCUGCGGCAGGUGCAGCGGGAGCCGACGCUGCCCGGGUACCACGUCCUGAUCGCCGACGAGGUUCACGAGCGGCACCUCCACUGCGAUUUCCUCCUGGGGGUCCUGCGGCGGCUCCUGCCCGCUCGCCCGGACCUUAAGCUGGUCUUGAUGUCGGCCACCAUCAACAUCCGCCUUUUUUCGGGGUAUUUUGGUGGUGCCCCGGUGCUGCAGGUGCCAGGAAGGAUCUUCCCCAUCUCGGUCAUCUACCAGCCCAUCCCUAAAGAGGAAGCACCCGUGGGUGGGAAGUGGGGGAAAUCGGAGCGCCUGGACCCCCUCCCCUACCUGCGGGUGCUGCAAGCCAUCGACCACAAAUACCCGCCGGAGGAGCGCGGGGACCUGCUGGUGUUCCUCAGCGGGGUGGCCGAAAUCGGCGCCGUGCUGGAGGCGGCGCAGGCCUACGCCGCCCGUACCCAGCGCUGGGUUGUGCUCCCCCUGCACAGCACCCUCUCGGUCGCCGAGCAGGAUAAGGUGUUUGACGUGCCCCCACCCGGCGUCCGUAAGUGCAUCCUCUCCACCAACAUCGCAGAGACCUCGGUGACGAUCGACGGCGUGCGCUUCGUCCUGGAUUCGGGGAAGGUGAAGGAGAUGAGCUACGACCCUCAGGGCAAACUUCAGCGGCUGCAGGAAUUCUGGAUCAGCCGGGCGAGCGCCGAGCAGCGGAAGGGACGCGCCGGCAGGACCGGCCCCGGCGUCUGCUACCGCCUUUACGCCGAGUCCGACUACGACGCCUUUUCCCCCUACCCCGUGCCGGAGAUCCAGCGGGUUGCUCUUGACUCUCUGGUGCUCCAGCUGAAGAGCAUGGGGCUGGGCGAUCCCCGGAGCUUCCCCUUCCUGGAGCCUCCUCCCUCCUCCAGUUUGGAGACGGCCCUGCGCUACCUCAAGGACCAGGGAGCCUUGGAUGAGGCCGAAGACUUGACGCUCAUCGGGACCCUCCUGGCCCAGCUGCCGGUGGACGUGGUGGUCGGCAAGAUGCUGGUCCUGGGCGCUCUCUUUGGCUUGGCCGAGCCCACCUUGACGGUGGCGGCGGCGCUGAGCGUGCAGUCCCCCUUCCUGCGAUCCGCUCACCCCAACCCCGACUGCGCCACGGCCCGGCGGCCCCUCGAGAGCCCCCACGGCGACCCCCUGACGCUGCUCAACCUCUUCAACGAGUGGGUCCAGGUGAAAUCGGAGCGAAGCGGCAGCUCUCGGAAGUGGUGCCGGCGGCGAGGCUUGGAGGAGCACCGGCUCUACGAAGCCGCCAACCUGCGGCGCCAGUUCCAGGAGCUUCUUCGAGACCACCGGCUGCUGGAGGAACCCUCGGGCCGGCCCAGCGACAGCUACAGCCGGCAGAGCCGACACCGGGAGCGCCGCGAGCUCCACCGCCUCUGGCGUUCCCACGCGGAGGCGGAAGGUCGGAAGCGCAAGGUCUUGCGGCUGCAGGACGGAGCCGGCGCUUCCUCCGGCGAGGAGGAGGAGGACGGUGGCGCCCGUGGGAAGGGGGAGCGCGGCAUCGACAUCCAGGAUGUCAAAUUCAAGCUCCGCCACAACGUGGACGAGCUCCAGGCCGUCUCCAGCUCAGCCCUCUCCUCCUCGCAGCUCACUCUGCUCAAACUGGUGCUGUGCCGGGGGCUUUACCCCCAGCUGGCCCUCCCCGACCCGCUCAACAGCGGCCGCAAAGACUCCGAUCAGGUUUUUCACACCAAAAACAAGCAGGGGGUGGUGCUUCAUCCCACCUGCGUCUUCGCUACGAGCCCGGAGCUGCUCCACGCCAAGGAGGGACCGGAACGCGCUGGCACCGGAGACCCCACGGAGGGGCUGAGCCGCCACCACCAGCUCCUCGCUUUUGUCUCGCUGCUGGAGACCAACAAACCCUACUUGAUGAACUGCGUGCGGGUCCCAGCCUUACAGGCUCUGCUGCUCUUCUCCCGUUCGCUGGACACCAGCGCGGACUGCGCCCGGCUGGUAGCGGACGGCUGGCUGGAGCUCACCGUCCCUUCCCCCGAGUCGGCCCUGCGCCUCCUCUCCGCCGCCCUGCAGCUCCGCUCCGCCUGGGAGGAGCUCCUCCACCAGCUUCUGGAGAAACGGGGGGAGGAACCCAGCCCUCGGCCCCGCUCCCGCGACGUCUCCGCGCUCACCCGGCAGCUGCUGGAAUUCCUGCGCACGGAGGUGCCGUACCACCUGCGCCAGCUCACCGGGUUGGAGAAACAAAACCUCUACGUCGGCCCCCAGACGGUGCCGGCCGCUCCCCGGCUCCCGGGGCUUUUCCAGGGAAUGGAGAUGGAGCCCGACGAGGUGAAGGGCGGCCACAGGGUGACUGAGUUUCUCACCUACAACUGCCUGGCUACGGACACGGACCUCUACAGCGACUGCUUGCGGAGCUUCUGGACGUGUCCCCACUGCGACCUCCACAUGCCCUUCACCCCCCUGGAGCGCAUGUGCCACGAAAGCGCUUGCCGGCCCGCCCAGGCCCCCCCAGAAGAAACACCCGAAAGCCCCGCCAAAACCUCCGCCCUCCACCGGUCCUACCACUGCGACGCGUGCCAGCGGGAUUUCACCUUCACCCCCACGGAGAUCCUCCGGCACAAGAAGCAGCACCGGUGAGGGGGGCUCGCCAGCCGAGCGCCACGAUGCCGGGGACAGGCAGGGGACCCCCGUUAUUGGGGUGACCCCCCCCCCCCGCCACCUCCGUUGCUCUCGGGUGAGUUUGGUGUUUUGGGGGUGUCUGACGGUGACUGAGCCGGGGGUAAGCAAGGAGUCUUUUACUGGCAGCAGCUCUUCCACCGUUACACAGCCUCUAACAGUGCUUGGCAGCAUUUGGCUGGCCAUUGCCCUCUCCCCGGGGCACGCCGGACGACUCACUGCCUACAAGUUCGUUACUGCUGUCCUAAGCCUGUUGGUUAAUUAAAUCUUACAAGUGCAA